AUGAAGAACUCUGUUUAUGCUACUGCCGCCCUGGUGGCCGCUGCUGCUGCCGACUCUGUUGGAAGUGCCAUUGUUGUCAACAAGUGCAGCUACGAUGUCACCCUUGCCAACGUCCCUUCUGCCGAUGGUGGUUACUCUGAGGUUGACAAGAUCCUGUCUCCUUCUGACACCUACACCCAGCAGUGGACUGCCCUCACCAACGGCAAUGGCUGGUCUAUCAAGCUCUCCAACAGCUCUUCCCUCGAGAACAUUCUCCAGUACGAGUACACUUACCAAAACGACGGAACUAUCUGGUACGACCUGAGCGAGGUCAACGGCAACCCCUGGGACGGAAACUGGGAGAUCACCGCCAACUCUGCUUCCUGCACUCCCAAGCAGCAGGCUUAUCGCUACGCCACUGAUGAUGCCUACGGCAUGCAGGCUUGCCCCGCUGACGCUGUUAUCACUGUCACUCUCUGCUCUGGCGAUGACGACAACGACAGCGCUGCUUCGUCUGCAUCUUCUUCCGUCGCAGUCGCGUCCACCUCCAGCCACUCCACCUUCUCGACCACUGUUCCUGCUCCCAGCACUGUCGGCGCUUCCGCCACCACUCUCCAGACCUCUGUGAUCACCCAGGCUGCCAGCACUUCUGACAACGACGCUGUUGUCACCGUUACCCAGACCGCUUACACCACCUACUGGGACGGCCACCACUGGGGCCGCCCUGGCAAGCGCGAUGGCCACCAGCACCGUCGCCACCCUCACGGCAACUAG